AUGGCGUCCGCCCAGGCAAAGGCUCAGGACUAUUUGAGCGUCCUUGACAAGGAGCUCUCCAAAUACCCCGCCCUGAACAACCUCGAGAAGCAGCUCGGCGUCCCCAAGGCCUAUGCCGUCAUCGGCUUCGCUGCUCUCUACUUCUUCCUCAUCAUUUUCAACAUUGGCGGCCAGCUCCUCACAAACUUUGCGGGCUUCGUCGUUCCUGGCUACUACUCUCUGGGCGCCCUGUUUUCCCAGUCUAAGGAAGAUGACACCCAGUGGCUGACUUACUGGGUUGUUUUUGCCUUCUUCACCGUUGUUGAGGGCUUCUUCAGCAUUGUUUACUGGUUCCCCUUCUACUUUGUCUUCAAGUUCAUCUUCCUGCUCUGGCUGGCUCUUCCCACUUUCCGUGGCGCUGAGGUCGUUUUCCGAUCCUUCCUUGCUCCCACUCUCGGCCGAUACUUCCAGGGCCCCGGCACUUCCGCUGGUCUCCGCUCCAAGACUGAUGCCUUUGACAAGACUCAGUAA